AUGAGCACUAUCGCACAGCCCGGAACUCCUGGCCACACCCGCAACGGCGGAGAAUUGUCCACAAUCGCUGAGCAGAGAACCGAGCCGGGCACUCCUCCAGCGUCUACGCGCUCUGGCACUCAGUCGCCCACAAAUACAGGUGCACCGAAAGAUACUGCAGAACACAACCAUCAAUGCAGGGCUUGCCGCGCGUCCUUCUGCCAACCUCUCAACUGCGGCCAUGUCUACUGUGAAGAGUGCCUCCCGCCAUCUUCUCGUCAGGAGGGUUGCCCCGAGUGCAAACGUCAGUCGGCACCGUCGCCCCCGCGAACAGCCCGGCCCCCACCUGGACCCAAACCUGCCACCGAUGUCGAGGCUCAACAGACGAAACCACACAAGGUGCCCCGAGGCAAGCUUUUCUGGGCCUUGUUCGUUCUAGGAGCGGUCUACGGCUGUGCCAGACUAGCCUGGCUUGUCUAUAUCACGUAUCUUCUAGAGAGACAGUUACCGGAAUGGUCAUGGAGUCCAAGUCUGCGCCGCGAGUAA